AUGUAUCAAGCUCAAUGUAGUUUUUCUGGAUACAUUUGUGAGAGCGAAGCAGCUGCACAAACGAUUUUACAUAUGCAACAUGUUCAAGUGAAGAAGACACUCAAUGACUAUUUGAAGACAACAUCGAAAAGGCUCAAAAUAAUCGAUGCGUACAUGCUCUAUAUUUUCCUGACAGGGAUUAUACAAGUAAUGCAUUUUGAUUGA